UGCCGGGCGCGCGGAGCAGCAGCCCGGCCUGGGAUGGACGCUGGAGCCGGGCGGGGCAGGUGGUAGCUAAGAAGUGAGCAGGAUGCCCCCAGGCAUCUACUGCCCCGUGGAAUUCUGGUCCAAGGAGGAAAACCAAAACAUCCAGGUGGAUUUUCUGCUGCCCACGGGCAUUUACCUGAGCCUCCCUGUGUCGUGCAAUGCCAGCUUGGGCACCAUCAAGGAGGUGGUCUGGCAGCAUGCGCAGUAUGAACCUUUAUAUCACAUGCUCAAUGAUCCCGAGGCCUAUGUCUUCACCUGCAUCAAUCAGACAGCUGAGCAGCAGGAGCUGGAGGAUGAGCAGCGGCGUCUCUGUGACAUCCAGCCCUUCCUGCCUGUUCUGCGGCUCGUGGCGCGAGAAGGUGACCGGGUCAAGAAGCUGAUUAAUUCCCAGAUCAGCUUGCUCAUUGGCAAAGGUUUGCACGAGUUUGACUCUGUGCCGGACCCAGAGGUGAGCGACUUCCGUACCAAAAUGCGCCAGUUCUGUGAGGAGAGGGCAGCGAAGCGGCAGCAGCUGAGCUGGAUGGCCUGGAUGGAGUACAGCUUUCCCCUGCAGCUAGAGCCCUUGGCCAAAGGCCUCGGGACCAGCCCUCUGCACGUCCCCCACAAGAACAUCUUUGUCAACGUCAUGUUUGAAUCUGGCGGGGAGAGCUUCACCUUCCAGAUCUCCCCCAGGGAAUACCCCAGCACAUUAAUGAGCUACGCCAUCAAGAAGCAAGCUACCGUUUUCCGCCACCAGACUGUGGAGAGCCCAGAGGACUAUACCCUACAGGUGAAUGGAAAAUGUGAAUACCUCUAUGGGAACUACCCUCUGUACCAGUUCCAGUACAUCCGCAGCUGCCUGCACCAGGGCCUGAUGCCCCACCUGACGAUGGUGCACUACUCCACCAUCGUUGCCAUGCGAGAUGAGCAGACCAACUGCAUCACCCAUCCCCCAAAGAUGGGUGCCAAGCCUCCCCCACUGCCCAAGAAAAAGCCAAACAGUGGGUCUCUGUGGUCCCUUGAGCAGCCCUUUUAUAUUGAUCUGGUGCAAGGCAGUAAGGUCAACGCUGAUGAGAGGAUGAAGCUGGUGGUGCAGGCAGGCCUCUUCCAUGGCAAUGAGAUGCUCUGCAAGAUGGUGUCGAGCUCUGAGGUGAACGUGUGUUCAGAGCCAGUGUGGAAGCAGCGGCUGGACUUUGAUAUUAACAUCUGUGACCUGCCGCGCAUGGCCCGGCUCUGCUUCGCCCUCUACUCUGUCAUCGAGAAGGCCAAGAAGGCACGUUCCACGAAGAAGAAGUCCAAGAAGGCGGACUGCCCAAUAGCUUGGGUGAAUGUCAUGCUUUUUGACUACAAGGACCAGCUAAAAGCAGGAGAGUGCUGUCUGCAUAUGUGGUCAUCAUUCCCAGAUGAGAAAGGGGAGCUGUUGAAUCCCAUGGGCACAGUCCAGAGCAACCCAAACACAGAGAGUGCAGCAGCCUUGGUUAUCUGCUUUCCCAAUGUCUUGGUCCAUCCGGUGCACUACCCAUCUUACGAACAGCUGCUGGAUCUGGGGAGGAACGGAGAACACAGCCGCGCCACACUCGACGAUCCAGAGGAGAAGCAGCAGCUGAAGGAGAUCCUGGAGCGAAGGAGCCACACUGAGCUCUAUGAACAUGAGAAGGAUUUGAUGUGGAAGAUGAGGUACCACAUCCGGGACCAGUACCCAGAGGCCUUGGCAAAGCUCCUGAUCAUCACUAAGUGGAACAAACACGAGGACGUGGCCCAGAUGAUCUCCCUGCUCCAGACCUGGCCAGAGCUGCCUGUGCUGAGCGCCUUGGAGCUGCUGGAUUUCAGCUUCCCUGACCGUUAUGUUGGUUUCUUCACUAUUAACUCCUUAAAAAAGCUGACAGAUGAGGAGCUGUUCCAGUAUCUGCUGCAGCUUGUCCAGGUGCUCAAGUAUGAAUCCUACUUAGACUGUGAAUUAACCAAGUUCCUGUUGGACAGAGCUCUAUCCAACCGCAAAAUAGGGCACUUCCUCUUCUGGCAUCUCAGGUCAGAAAUGCAUGUCCCAGCAGUCGCUCUGAGGUUUGGCUUGAUCUUGGAGGCCUAUUGCAGAGGCAGCACCCACCACAUGAAGGUUUUAAUGAAACAGGGGGAAGCACUCAACAAGAUGAAAGCCUUGAACGACUUUGUGAAAGUGAGUUCUCAGAGGGCCACCAAGCCCCAGACCAAGGAGAUGAUGCAUGUGUGCAUGAAGCAGGAGACCUACCUGGAGGCCCUUUCCAAUCUCCUUUCUCCCCUGAACCCCAACAUUAUCCUUGCUGAAGUGUGUGUGGAGCAGUGCACUUUCAUGGACUCCAAGAUGAAGCCUUUGUGGAUUGUGUUUAAUAAUGAGGAAGCGGGCGGCGGCAGCGUGGGCAUCAUUUUCAAAAAUGGAGAUGAUCUCCGCCAGGACAUGCUGACGCUACAGAUGAUCCAGCUGAUGGACGUGCUGUGGAAGCAGGAGGGCUUGGACCUGCGGAUGACCCCUUACGGCUGCCUCUCCACAGGCGACAAGACGGGGCUGAUCGAAGUGGUCAUGCACUCGGACACCAUUGCCAACAUCCAGCUGAACAAAAGCAACAUGGCGGCCACCGCUGCCUUCAACAAGGAUGCGCUGCUGAACUGGCUGAAAUCCAAAAACCCGGGUGAAGCGCUGGAACAAGCGAUCGAGGAGUUCACGCUCUCCUGCGCUGGGUACUGUGUGGCGACGUAUGUCCUGGGGAUAGGAGACAGGCACAGCGACAACAUCAUGAUCCGGGAAACUGGCCAGCUGUUCCAUAUUGAUUUCGGCCAUUUUUUGGGGAACUUCAAAACCAAAUUUGGUAUCAACAGAGAACGGGUCCCUUUUAUCCUGACCUAUGACUUUGUGCACGUAAUCCAGCAGGGGAAAACGAACAACAGUGAAAAAUUUGAAAGAUUCAGGGAUUACUGUGAAAAAGCCUACAUGAUCCUGAGGCGCCACGGUCUCCUCUUCCUGCAUUUGUUUGCACUGAUGAAAGCUGCUGGCCUGCCAGAACUCAGCUGCUCUAAAGACAUUCAGUAUCUGAAGGACUCUCUAGCACUGGGAAAAACAGAUGAGGAGGCGCUGAAGCACUUCAGACUAAAAUUUAAUGAAGCCCUUCGAGAGAGCUGGAAAACCAAAGUGAACUGGCUGGCGCACAAUGUCUCCAAAGACAACAGACAGUAGAGCAACUGACUCAGCCUGUGCACUUGCUCUGAGGGAAUGUAAUGGUGUCUGCACUGAUGCCAGAAGUUGCUGCCUAUGGUAGACAGUUUUCUAAAACCUGCUGAACGUUGCCACGUUAAGAAUCCCUCACCUGCAUCCCUUAGAGAUUGCGUUCCAGAAGUUUCUGCAUGCCCAAAAAUUGUUGGACCACCAUGAGCUGCAUAAGCCUGCCUAUUGUAGAUCAUUAAAGGCCAAAGGAGAGACGAGGCAAUAUAAUUACCAUAGCCAAUAAGAGGUAGGUAGAUGCUCUAUGACCAUUACACUUAAAAACAUGCUUAAAAUACACCAUUUAAAUGGAAGAGUCAAGGCAGUUGUGAUGUAGUUUAAAACUGUACGCAGGCGGAGUGUUUCAGCUAUGUCAAGACAAUGCUUUUAUUUGGAGCUGUGCUCCAAGACGGACUGUGUUUCAGCCAGCAGCACAGUGAGUUUUUAAAGCCAGGCAAGAACAAAUACUGCACUAGCACUAAGUGGAACAUGUUUACUCGUGGCAUCAGACAUUAAGCCUGUUUCUGUGUAAACAAGGUGGAGGGCCUGCCUGGCUUUGCUGUUGGGCGAUUGUCUUUCGUGGCAGAUCUCCCAGCACCUUGCCUCUACCCAUUCAGGGAUGUAGUAAUAAAGCUUCACCAGAUGGUUGCCUGAUUCCAGACAGACUGGUGCCUGUUACUUCUGCACAGUAGAGAGAUCACAUGGGCAAACUGAUGUACAUAUGCUUUUCAUAAUUGCCCAGUAGCUGGGAAAGAUUACUGAAGUUUCAUAUUCAGCAGGGAGGAUGGUAUCUGUUGUAGUCUUCAAUAAACUGGCCUGCCUUGCUGAGGAAUGAGCGCACAGUGCACAGACUUAAUAGCUCAGUGUUUGAGGAGGCAGUGUGGUGCCUGCCAGCUCUGACUAGGUACACGGUGCACUUUCAGUCAGACCUGGAGUCAUGUUACUGGUUUAGCCCCUUAACAAGACAGACCUGAAAUGCACUGCUCAUCCAGCCUCUCUCUACUGCCUUCAGUUUAGGCUUUCAAAAAAUGGGUUUACACUCUCAGGCCCUGCUCCUGUGUUGCAAGGGUUUGGAGCAACACAGAUCAGUGGCAUCUAUUUUCUUUUUAAAGUGCAAUAGACAAAGUUACAUCACAACGAACAGGCAAAAAGUGAACAAUUUGUGAGGUGCUCUGCCUAAAUGCAGCACACCCUAAAAAGGCAUUGCUGCAGUCCCGCAAAUCAACUUACCUACAACAAAUCAGAAUCAAGUGGGCUUUCUUCCUUGGGGGCUAGUGAAAUAACUCUUGCUAUCUUGUCUAGCAAAGCAACAGGCUGCUGGGCCGGGUCAGUCAGGAUUCCCUUUCCCACGGUGCAGAGCAGAAUCUUUAUCUGAUCUCCCCCACAGCAAGUUGAGGGGAAGGGUACGUUGAAGCUUACUCAGUCAGACCCCACUGUAAAUAAAUCUACUUGUACAACAAAUAGUUACAUUCCUUUAAACAGUGAUAAGCUUUACUUUACUACUACUUCUAUUUAUUUAGGGAGGUGUUCAUGACUUCUUGCUUUGUGUGAACUGAUUGUGCCUAGUUUGCUGCCUUUGAAAAAAUGAUUUAUUUUUUUAAGCCCCGCAUGGUUUUUGAAGGAAAAGAUGUUUACAUGUUCGACUCUUCAGUUACUUCUAAUCUGUGACUUCAGAUGCAUAUUUGUAAGUCUAAAAAUAAAUAUUAUUUGAUAAAUUGUA